CGGCGGACUGAGAAAACUAAAUAAAGUGGAUCAAUAGGUUUUGCUGGACUGAGAAAACUAAACAAAGUACUGAUCUAGAUUGGUUGGGCCGGUUGGUACCACGAGUGGUGUGGAUUUGAGUUGGGCAUCGAUCAAUCGAAUUGAGCCACAUAUAUAUGUGAUAGACUAGCUAGAGAGACAUUACAUGGCAGGAGGCAUGAUGGAGCAAGUCGGCGGCGCCGUCUCCGACAGCGUGCUGGUCGUCUCCUUCCUCGCUGCGGCCGUCGUCCUCCUCCUGUUCACGCUGGUCAGACAUGGCCGCACGCAGCAGGGCCGCCUGCCCCCAAGCCCCAUGGCGCUCCCGCUCCUCGGCCACCUCCACUACCUCAUCCGCGCCCCGCCCCACCGCGCAUUCGACCGCAUCAUCGCCCGCUACGGGCCCCUCGUCUACCUUCGCCUCGGGCCUUCCACCCACUGCGUCGCCAUCGGCUCCGCCGACGUCGCCCGCGACUUCCUCAAGUUCGAAGGCAGCAUCCCGGAGCGGCCCCUGACUGCCGUCACGCGCACCCUGGCCUACGAGUCGGCCGGCUUCGCCUUCGCGCCCUACGGCCCGCACUGGCGCUUCAUGAAGCGGCUCUGCAUGUCGGAGCUGCUCGGACCGCGCACCAUCGAGCAGCUGCGGCCCGUGCGCGCCGCGGAGCUCGCGGGCGUCAUGCGGGCCGCGGCGGCGGCGGCGGAGCAGGGCGGGACAUUGGACAUGAGCCGGGAGCUCAUCCGCAUGUCCAACAACGCCAUCAUGAGGAUGGUGGCGAGCUCGCUGCCUGGCGACAUGGCGGACGCGGCGCGGGACUGCGCCAAGCAGGUGGCGGAGCUGGUUGGGGCCUUCAACGUGGAGGACUACGUGGCGCUGUGCCGCGGCUGGGACCUGCAGGGGCUGGGCCGGAGGACGCGUGACGUGCAUGCCAGGUUCGACGCGCUGCUGGAAGUCAUGAUCAAGACCAAGGAGAAGGAGCGGGGCGCUGCCGAUGAGGCGGACAAGGGCGGCAGCAAGACCAAGGACUUGCUUGACAUCCUCAUGGAUGCGGCGGCGGACAAGACCGCCGAAGUCAAGCUCACCAGGGACAACAUCAAAGCUUUCGUCCUCGACAUCUUCACUGCUGGUUCGGACACGACGGCCACCACCGUGGAGUGGAUGCUAGCGGAGCUGCUCAACCACCCGGCAUGCCUGGCGAAGCUGAGGGCGGAGCUGGACGAGGUAGUUGGCAAGUCCCGGCUGGUGGGCGAGCCGGACGUGGCGCAGAUGCCGUACCUGCAGGCGGUGCUCAAGGAGACCCUGCGGCUGCGGCCGCCGGCGGUGUUCGCGCAGCGGGAGACGAUCGAGCCCGUGCACGUCCGCGGGUACACCAUCCCUGUCAAGACGUCGGUCUUCUUCAACAUCUUCACCAUCGGGCGCGACCCGGCCUGGUGGGAGGAGCCGCUCGAGUUCCGGCCGGAGCGGUUCAUGCCUGGCGGGGCCGGCGCGGCCGUGGACCCCAAAGGCCAGCACCUGCACCUGAUGCCGUUCGGGAGCGGGCGGCGCGCGUGUCCCGGCAUGGGGCUCGCCAUGCAGGCCGUGCCGGCCUUCUUGGCGGCGCUGGUGCAGUGCUUCGACUGGGAGGUGCCGAGUCCGCCGCUGGACAUGGAGGAAGAAGCCGGGCUGGUCACCUCGCGGAAGCAGCCGCUGGUGCUCCUGCCCACGCUGCGCCUUAGCCCUUCUCUUCUUGCCUGAAUGCAUCCCAUCGACUCAAGGAUCCCACUUUAAUCAUUAUUUUCAUACCUCAUAUGGUAUAAUAAAAGGGAUAAAAAUAGCGGAUGCGUGUUUACUUGUUGCUUCGUGACACAAAAUGUACCAAUGAUCAGCUGUACUAGCAUGAUGCCAAUGCACCAAGGAUCUUCCCCCUUUGAGCCAAACCUCCAAGAGCAAAUCAAUGGCACCGCCGUUGUCCAGUUUUCAACUGGUGAAAAGUGUAAAGUGUUGCUUGGCGACACAAAAUGUUACGCAUCCAUCCGUACCAACAAACCGAGUUCUACAAAGAACAGUUUCUGUAACUUUGAAUUGGAAAGAAUAUUGCUAUGGUCCA